AUGGGAAACUGGACAGAACUGUUAACAAGGCUUGGGUCUGGAAGUACUAUUGAACAUUCAUACCAAAGAUUAUUGGCAACUGAAACGCAGCACUGGCAGAAUGUUCUUCAGCGGCUUGUAGCCAUUGUUCAAUAUCUUGGGAAGCAGUGCUUGGCCUUCAGGGGCAGCAGUGACACGCUGUUCUCUGAAAAUAAUGGAAAUUACUUGAAACUUGUCGAAAUGAUGGCAACAUUUGAUAGUGUGAUGCAAAGCCACUUGAAAAAGAUACAGAAUUCAGAAAUUCAUCAGCAUUAUUUAGGAAAAGACAUCCAAAAUGAACUAAUUGGUUUAAUUUCUAAAGAAAUACAGAGACGCAUUCUACGGUUGCUUAAGGAUGCCAAGUAUUUUUCCAUUAUACUUGACUGCACCCCUGACAUCACUCUUGUUGAACAGAUGACUAUGGUUUUCAGGUUUGUAUCUGUUAAGCAAGGAGACUCGCCAACUGCAAAUCCUGAAAUACACAUUGAGGAAAGAUUUCUUGGUUUCCUGCCAGUUCACAACUCAUCUGGAGAAGGAUUAACAGAGGCAAUUUUGAAUGUGCUUGAAAUGCUGAAGAUACCACUCAGUGAUAUGAGAGGUCAAGGGUAUGAUAAUGGCUCCAACAUGAAGGGAAAGCAUUUAGGAGUAUAA